ACGCAAAUUUUGACGUCACACGCAUGCGCCAGCAACGGAAAGCAAACGUGGGGAGAGGAUUAUUUCGCAGGGCUGCUGUUUUGAAUACAAUAUUUUUUAUAAUUCCUGUUUUUCUUGCUCACCAUGGAUGACGAAGAAGAGACUUACCGAUUAUGGAAAAUUAGAAAAACUAUAAUGCAGCUAUGUCACGAUCGCGGAUAUUUAGUAACGCAAGAUGAAUUGGAUCAGACCCUUGAUGAGUUUAAAAGUCAGUUUGGAGACAAACCCAGUGAGGGUCGACCGCGACGAACCGACCUCACUGUCCUGGUCGCCCACAACGACGAUCCAACCGACCAGAUGUUUGUUUUCUUUCCUGAGGAACCCAAAGUUGGCAUCAAAACCAUAAAGAUGUACUGCCAACGUAUGCAAGAGGAGAACAUCACACGAGCCAUUAUUGUAGUACAGAUGGGCAUGACCCCUUCAGCCAAGCAGUCUCUGGUAGACAUGGCACCGAAGUACAUACUCGAGCAGUUUCUUCAACAAGAGCUUCUGAUCAACAUUACUGAACAUGAGCUUGUGCCCGAACACAUAGUGAUGACUAAAGAGGAAGUGACCGAGCUGUUGGCAAGAUAUAAACUAAAGGAAAGCCAGCUUCCCAGGAUUCAAGCUGGGGACCCUGUGGCUCGAUACUUUGGCUUGAAAAGAGGCCAGGUUGUUAAGAUUAUCAGACCAAGUGAGACUGCUGGACGGUACAUCACGUACAGAUUGGUCCAGUAAUUUGUUUGAAGUCAGUAACACUGCGAGUUAUUUCUGAUGUUAUUUACUAAAAGUUUAAAGUCUUUGUUUAACAUGGAAAUUUGCAACAUUUUUAGAUUAGUACAGUGUUAUCACCUUUUAAAAUGUCAUUCUGAAAUGUACCGUUGAUAUACCUUUACUUAUCCGACAACUUACUGUAUAUUUGAUAUUUUGUUUGACAGGUUUAAAAUACUCCUGAACUCCAUAAAGUCUGAAUUUUCCCAGACCAUCCUUGUUAUUAAGACAAUUUUAUUUCUAUUAUCAAUAAAUACCAUUUUGUUACUCUG